AAACAAUCUUAUAAAAUAACUUUGUUACGUUAUGAAAAUUUUAUUUUAGUUAUAUUUUAUUAUUAAUUACUGAAUAUUACCUGAAAUGACUGGGAAUUUAAGGCCUCGUCGUGCUUAUCAUAACGCUUUCGGUGACGAAGUCCAGGAUACUCAAAACAAACAACAAUUUCCCACUCAAGGACGUGAGGUGUUUACCAAUCCAACUCAAUCUCAUAACAUUCCAUUCCAGAAUCAAGGUUCAUUCCAUAAUUUUCCUGCUCAAAAUUCAUUUACAAAUACCGGGAACAGUUUUGUACCAACUGAUGAUGGAAAAGGUAAUUUGAAUCCCAGACCUUUUAAUACUGUUCCUAACGUUGUUUCAUCUCCCUUUUCACAAAAUCAACCUACUAAUAUUCCUGCCUCUCCAUUCCGAACCACCUCUGUCCCAACGCAAAGUUUUAACCCUAACGCUAUUCCAACACAGACCUUUAAUCAGAACACCAUUCCAACACAGAGCUUUAACUAUAACCCUAAUUUCAAUGCUAAUGUAACAACAAGUUUAAACCCUAAUACAAACGUGUUGAAUCAAUCGCAAUCAUUAGAAGAUCGAUCAAAGAUGUACUUAGAAGGACAAUUUUCUCCGAAUACUACUACCAAGACUGUAUUUCCUAAAACUACCACUACACUACCAUUCUCUCAAAGUGCUACUACACAACAACCGUUUGCCCAAACUACCACUACACGACAGUUUCCUCAAAAUGGUCCUGCUAACUCUAACCCAUUAAGACCAAACAUCACUAAUACCAACCUGGCUAACAAUGUGUUUUCACCAUUUCAAGCACAGUUAGGAGCCCAGUUGACUAAGUUUGGCGAGAUGUAUACUCAGAGAUUACAGCAGUCUGAGGAAGAAGACGUGGUUGAUCCUCCACUACUAGAUGAGCUUGGAAUUAACGUAGUGGAGAUUUAUGAGCAUUUGCUAAGCGUAGUGUUACCUAAGAAAGGAAACAGUUUAUUUUUAAAUUACAAUGAUUUGUCUGGACCACUAUUAAUUUUUGUCACCUUUGCUCUCGGGUUAAUGUUUUCUGGGAAGAUUUGCUUCAGCAUAAUUUACGUGCUCUCAGUUUUCUGUAACCUCGGCAUUUACCUGCUCUUUAACUUUCUUAAUGAACAGUACAUUAGUCUUUCGAAAACCGUUACCAUCAUGGGAUACUCGCUACUACCGCUCUGUUUAACACCUGUGAUUUGGCUUUUCUCAAGAUUUCUAAAAUUCCUUUCAGUAAUCUUAGUUUACUCAUGUGUUGUUUGGAGUACUGUCUCUGCCACAUAUCUCUUUCAAGCUGAGUUGAAUUUAGGUUCAAGGUUUUACUUUGUAGUGUAUCCCAUUCUACUCUAUUAUACCACUUUUGCUAACAUUGUUAUCUUCUAAUCUUCAUUCCAUAUUAAUGUAUUACUACAAUA